AUGCCUAAAGGAAUCAAACGUGUAGCGGCAGUCCUAUGCAGCAUUACUCUCCUAGCGCUUAUACUGUCAAUCUACUCUCACCCACAACUUCGUGGCACAACCUCCUACCUACACGAAUGGGUUCACCCUGACUCAUUUCAAAAGCCUGUGCUUCAGCAGUCGGACGUUGACAACCCGCAAUACACCAGUCCCACUUUGCCAAUUACUCCGGGUAUAAGUUCUACCUACCACGAGAUCUUCUCACGCUCUACCCCGGAUGGAAAGUACUAUGCCCUGGAUUUUGGCGACUACCGAGCUACGAAUCCCAACAUAAUCCCUCAUCCACACCUCCCAGGCUCUUAUAUCCUUGUCGCUCAGCAAGGGCGCUCAGAGGUUGAGAACACGGUUUGGUUUGCCGAGCUCUCCUGUACCGCUAGCUUCUCGCCCAGGUCAUCUCCUUCCGCUUCCAACACGCGUACAGACUCUAGCGCCAUUUCUCAAGCAAUAAGUUGCGAUAUAUCUCCAUUGAUUCUGCCAAUAGCUCUCACUGUGAGUCCGUACUGUUCUGGCCCUAUCGAGCACUUUGGUUGGAAUGUUGGUCCUCAUGAUGCACGUGUUGUUUACGGGCCGCACAAUCCUUACGUGAUUUAUGGGAGUAACUCUCAACACACGUGUUUUGGACAGUGGAUACAAGAUCUUCGGCUUCUUGUUGAUUGGGGCAGGGAGGAGGGAAGCCCGCCACAGCCAUAUCGAACGCCAACUGAUUUACAGCGGCCAGGAGGAUACAGAGCGGUGGAGAAGAACUGGUUCAUAUUUUGGAAUGCGGCGGGAGAUGCAUAUCUCCAUCAUGACAUCUAUCCAAAGCGCGUUUUCGCGAAGCUGGAAGCUGAUGGUAGUGUUGGCGAGGAUCUCGCACCAAUCUCAGCAGAGACGGACGAAGCCUGUCUGAAGAUGCAUAUGCCUGAGAUUCCCGAGGCGCAAGAAAGUAUUCAUCAAGCCACCAACUCGCUGUCUGUUACAAUGUGCAAACGGGGUCAGCAGGGCUGCGAGACUGGUGUUGGGAACACGUACAUCAUGACAAUCAUCCAGCACAAGCGCUUCUAUUCGCUGCAUAGUGUUUACGAACCCUAUGUCGUGCUAUUCCAGCCUACAGCGCCGUAUGCAUUGCAUGCGAUAUCGAAGAAGCCAAUCUGGAUCCAUGGACGGGGCGGACCUGGGGAGAAGCGGCCGAAACAGGUGCCAGCACAUGUGGAAUGGGACCAGACCGAAAUGUUGUAUGUGACGUCGAUGAGUUGGAAGUCACACGGACAGCGAUAUCAUGGUCAUAUCGACGAUGAGCUGUUCGUGGGCUUCGGCAUUGAAGAUGAGACCUCAGGUCUUAUUGACAUUCUAGCGAGUGAUCUACUUGAAGAGCUCGCGCUAUGCUAA